AUGUCACUAUUCUUGGACAGAAGAUUGUAUCUUGAGCGCUUUCAACAAGAUCGUCCCGCGCAAGGCGACGAAUAUGGUUGCACGCUCCUUCAGUGGCCCGGUGCAACGACAGGUACACUUUGCCGGGAUCACCUCACCCGAGCGACCGAGAUUACAGCUUUCCCUGAAAGCGAACUUACUAUUGUCCUUGCUCCCAUAGACGAUCCGUCCCCUGACAGUCUUGCAGGCUUUGAGGCUUUGGUUGAGCGAUAUGAUAUCCCAGGUGCAUUUCUUGAAGAAAGAACGCAAGGAGUCUUGAACUCAUUUGGUUAUAUUCCAGAAGGCCCCGGGUCAUACUGUGUUUGGACACACUUUCUCCUCAAGGACAUUGAACGAAAUGAGACGUCGGGCGCCAUUGAAAUCUCUACAAAGCCUCAACGAAAGCCCCUGAAUACCCGCCUUGUGAACUAUUUUCGACGCAUGUUUCUCUCUUCAAAAGCACCAACCACGACCUCAGCUCAGCAAUUCGAAAUGCACCAACCGCGAAUGUCCUACAUUGAGACAAACAAAGACGAUGCUGAUGACUAUCUGCCAAGCUGGACGUCGAGGUCCUUUUUUCUUCGUGUAACCAACCACGGCGGUAACAAUGCAAGAAUCACGCUCCUCUGCUUUGAGCCCUCGCCUUUCUUAGAAGAGGAGCUCGUCAAUUUGCCCCAACGCAUCGAUUGUAGUCAGAUCAUGGCGAAUCCGUUCAUUCUUCUCGAGAUGAUCAUGUAUGACUUGUACAUGCAGCUCGAUAUCAAUCUCUGGGAACUGCGCGACAUCUUUCAGGUUGAGCAAAAGCACUUUGGUUACCUCACCGCCAAUCCAACACUCCCACUGGCAGACAUUGACUUUUCGGCUCUCCAUCUUCUGGCAGACUACAUCAUCAUGCUUCGAGAGGGAUGCCAUGGUUUACUGAGCACCGUUGACGCAAUUGUUGAUCACUAUCAAAAGUACAGCACGGUUGAGGAUGCUAUCCUGCGAGACAAAACAUACGAGGCAUUCAAAUAUCGCCGUCGUCUUGUCGCUUCGACGUCCGAACGUGCCGGCACAUUCGAGAAACGGAUCAACAACCUGACGACUCUCUUUUUCAACCAUAUCUCCCAGCAAGACAAUGCAAUGCUGAUGAGGGACAGCUCAAGCGUCAAGGCCAUCGCUGUCGUCACCCUGGUUUUCCUCCCUAUAACGACAGUUGCGACUGUAUGCGGCUCCGAGUUUUUCUACACGAGGUCAGAAGGGGGGAUCAGAAUGGAUCCCACAGCAUGGAUCAUGUUUGGGCUUUCUGCUGUGCUGAGUUUGGUGUUGCUGUGGAUGUGGAAUUUCUACACGCAAAGUUUGGAAGAAAAGUUCGCGCGAGGAAGAAGAAGAGCCAUGAAUGGGAGAGGAAAACAGGAUGGGAAACUGGUCUUUUCUGCAUAG